UUGUACAAUAAGGGACUAAUAAGGCCAUACGUAAUACCACGGAUAGUAUAUAUAUUUAUAUUAGUAUAUUACUUCCGGUAUUACGUAAAUUCCAGCCCUCAGCCGACAAUCCAAAAGAAACCAAUCGGAGUUGAUAUCGGAGAAAGGGAGAGUUCCGAUGAGUUCUUCUACACGGAGCAGGACGGAAAUGGCUAUUAUAGACCUAAAGGAAACAACGUGUUUGAUUUAAUUAAAAUCGGUGGAAUGCUAUCCACCUUCACCGACAAAUACGAUAAGGUGCUGUGGCAAUCAAAGGAUCCGAACAGAUACGCGAAGCUAGUAGUGAUCAUGAAGACGGACGGAAGCAACUACAUCUACGCAGUCGUGAUGCUGGACAACGGGUCAUUCCUGCUCUUCAACAGAGCAAAGGUAGGUCACCCGUGGAUCGACAUCACCGCCUCGCGCCACGACGUCCUGAGAGUUAAGAUGAUCGGGCUCGACCCGAAGGACCACACGAAGGCGGCAGAGAUGGACCCGAGCAUGUACUACCUGAAGACGGAGUUCAUCUCCUACGUCAUUAGGUUCCGCAAGGGAGCGAAGUGCAUCGAAAUCCAGUACAUGGAGAAGACGGUCUGGACCUACAAGAAAAAGUACCCGAUUAAGUUUCUGUACAAUAUGCGCACGAACAAGGCCUACGUCUUCUACGCCGAGGACAACUUUAAGCGAUUGGACUUAUGA